CACGGAUGCCACAACUUCCUGCUGUCAGUGUCUUCGUCUCCUCUUCGUUAAUAUCAGCACACGCAGACCAGUCCGUCACGUCUAAGGUCAGCUCUCUGUUAGAAGAACCAGGAGAACCAUGGCGCUCACCAACGAUCCCAACUACAAGAAGCUGGAGCAGUGGUACAAAGCUAACGGAGGGAGCCUCGUCAUGAGGGACAUGUUCCAGCGUGACCAGGAUCGGUUCUCCACGUUCAGCACCACCCUGCAGACUGAGGAUGGAGAGAUCCUGCUGGACUACUCCAAGAAUCUCAUCAACCAGGAAGUGAUGGCCAUGCUGCUCGCCAUGGCCAAGUCGAGGGGAGUGGAGGAGGCCAGAGACCAGAUGUUCUCUGGAGAGAAGAUCAACUUUACCGAGGGCCGUGCCGUGCUCCACGUCGCUCUGCGUAACCGCUCCAACACACCCAUCAAAGUGGACGGACAGGACGUGAUGCCCGAGGUGAACCGCGUUCUGGACAAGAUGAAGACCUUCUGCCACAGGGUGCGUAGCGGUGAAUGGAAAGGCUUCAGCGGGAAAAGCAUCACUGAUGUGGUGAACAUCGGCAUCGGAGGAUCCGACCUGGGACCUCUGAUGGUGACUGAGGCUCUGAAGCCGUACUCCUCAGGAGGACCGAAGGUUUGGUUUGUCUCAAACAUCGACGGGACUCACUUGGCCAAAACUCUGGCUCCUCUGAACGCAGAGAGCACCUUGUUCAUCAUCGCCUCCAAGACCUUCACCACUCAGGAGACCAUCACCAACGCAGAGUCGGCCAGGGAUUGGUUCCUGCAGACAGCCAAUGAUAAAUCUGCUGUGGCCAAGCAUUUUGUGGCUCUGUCGACCAACGCGGUCAAAGUGAAGGACUUCGGUAUCGACCCGGCCAACAUGUUUGAGUUCUGGGAUUGGGUCGGAGGUCGUUACUCUCUGUGGUCGGCCAUCGGUCUGUCCAUCGCGCUGCACAUUGGGUUUGAGAACUUUGAGCAGCUUCUGUCCGGAGCUCACUGGAUGGACAACCACUUCCGUAGCGUCCCUCUGGAGCAAAAUGUCCCCGUCCUGCUGGCUGUCCUUGGGGUGUGGUACAUCAACUUCUUCCAAGCCGAAACUCAGGCCAUGCUGCCCUACGACCAGUACAUGCACCGCUUCGCUGCCUACUUCCAGCAGGGCGACAUGGAGUCUAACGGUAAAUACAUCACCAAAGAUGGAGUCAGAGUCAACUAUCACACUGGACCAAUCGUUUGGGGAGAACCAGGGACCAAUGGCCAGCAUGCCUUUUACCAGCUGAUCCACCAAGGUACUCGUAUGAUUCCAGCGGACUUCCUCAUUCCUGCUCAGUCUCAGCAUCCAAUCAGAGACAACCUCCACCACAAGAUCCUGGCGGCCAACUUCCUGGCUCAGACAGAAGCUCUGAUGAAGGGGAAGAACUCUGAGGAGGCUCGAGCCGAGCUGGAGGCCGGCGGCCUGAAGGGAGACGCUCUGCUGCAGCUGCUGCCGCAUAAGGUCUUUGAAGGGAACAAGCCGAGUAACUCCAUCGUCUUCAAGAAGCUCAGCCCAUUCGUGCUGGGAGCUCUGAUUGCGAUGUACGAGCACAAGAUCUUCGUUCAGGGUGUCAUGUGGGGGGUCAACAGCUACGACCAGUGGGGCGUGGAGCUCGGGAAGCAGCUGGCGAAGAAGAUCGAGCCGGAGCUGCAGGACGGCUGUGAGGUCUCCUCCCACGACUCGUCCACAAACGGUCUCAUCCACUUCCUGAAGAAGAACUUCGCCUGAACCCCCCCCCCACCCCCGCGCCGCAGUCCUGUUGUAGUCCCCACAGCCCCUUAGUAGUAGUCCUCCAUCACUGUCUGUGAAGCCUCCAACAUAGGGAGCACUGACUUUCAAAAUAAAAGUCUUGUUUGUCACUGAA